GGCGAGGCGGGAGAGCGCCGCCAGGGGGGGACGCCCGGGAGGAGGGGGCGCGGUUCCCGCCGCUGCGCGGCGCUCGGCCCCCUCCGGCUCGGCGCGCGGCUGCAGCCUGGGCUGGGCGCUCGCGGCACAUUCCGCACCCGCACCCCGGCGGCCGGGCAUGUAGUAGCGGCAGCUGCGGCAGUCGCCGCGGCGGAAUAUGGGCGGGAACCACUCUCAUAAGCCCCCGGUGUUUGACGAGAAUGAGGAAGUCAACUUUGACCAUUUUCAGAUCCUACGGGCCAUUGGUAAAGGGAGUUUUGGGAAGGUCUGCAUCGUGCAGAAGCGAGACACUAAGAAAAUGUACGCGAUGAAGUACAUGAACAAGCAGAAGUGCAUCGAGAGGGACGAAGUCCGGAACGUCUUCCGGGAGCUCCAGAUCAUGCAGGGGCUGGAGCAUCCUUUCUUGGUCAAUCUGUGGUACUCCUUCCAGGACGAGGAGGACAUGUUCAUGGUGGUGGACCUGCUGCUGGGAGGGGAUCUACGUUAUCACCUGCAACAGAACGUACAUUUCACAGAGGGGGCCGUGAAGCUCUACAUCUGCGAGCUGGCCCUGGCCCUGGAGUAUCUGCAGAGGUAUCACAUCAUCCACAGAGACAUCAAGCCAGACAACAUACUGCUGGAUGAACACGGACAUGUUCACAUCACAGACUUCAACAUAGCGACAGUCGUGAAAGGCACAGAAAAGGCUUCCUCCAUGGCCGGGACCAAACCCUACAUGGCCCCGGAAGUGUUCCAGGUGUAUGUGGACGGAGGCCCUGGGUACUCCUACCCCGUUGACUGGUGGUCCCUGGGUGUCACGGCCUAUGAGCUGCUGCGGGGCUGGAGGCCAUAUGAAAUCCACUCGGCCACCCCCAUUGAUGAGAUCCUCAACAUCUUCAAGGUGGAGCGUGUCCACUACUCCUCCACGUGGUGCAAGGGCAUGGUAGCCCUGCUGAAGAAGCUCCUGACCAAGGACCCCAAGAGCCGCCUGUCCAGCCUCGGUGACGUCCAGAGCGCACCCUACUUGGCCGACAUGAACUGGGACGCGGUGUGGGAGAAGGCCCUGAUGCCCGGCUUCGUACCCAAUAAAGGGAGACUGAACUGUGAUCCCACAUUUGAACUUGAAGAAAUGAUUCUUGAAUCCAAACCACUUCACAAAAAGAAGAAGAGGUUGGCAAAGAACAGGUCCAAAGAUGGCACAAAGGACAGCUGUCCUCUGAAUGGACACCUCCAGCAGUGCCUGGAGACAGUGCGGAAAGAAUUCAUCAUAUUCAACAGAGAGAAGCUGAGGAAGCAGCAAGGGCAGAGCGGCCAGCUCUUGGACACAGAAGGCCGAGCCGGGAGCCAGGCCCAGAGCAAGCUCCAGGACGGGUGUAACAACAACAUUCUGGCUCACGCCUGUUCCCGCGGCUGCAGCAGCUAAGCCACCACCUGUGGCUUCCAGCGGGACUGCACACGCCUCUGCCCUGCCCACCAAAAGCCCCUCUCUGUGCCACGAUGGUCCCUGCCUCACCUCUAAUAACAUCAGAUGCAGAGAAGGAACUCUGGGCUCGGAGCUGGGGAGCCUGGGUUCUGGUCCCAGCUGCCCGGCUGAUACCUGCUUGACUGUGGACAAACCUUGCCCUUUCUGUGCCUCAGUUUUCCACAUCUGCCAAAGGGGUUAAACAGCUCUCUGCCCCACUUCUAAUUACAAGGUUAUUCAAAGAAUCCAAUUGGGUAGCGGACAUGCAAAACCUUUAUAAAGUUGUUCACAUGGGCAAAAUAAAACCUUAAUAUUUGAAGUGCACUCCCCUCCCCCAAAGCAAUUAGACCAACACAACUUUGCAAUUCGGUCCAUCCUGACUCUUAAGACAGUACCUUCGAAAAUGCAGCCCUCAAACAUCUGAUGUGUUAGCCCAGCCUAUGGAAACACCAUUCCCGAAUCCUGGAGCUAAGCCGGAAGUGUCUUCUUUUGCCUUCUCUGUCAGGCCAGUCUUUCUGACCUUCUAAGACGGCUUUCCACCAUCUCCACCUUUAAUUUCAGUAGGUCUCCACUCCCACCCCACCCCUGGUGCUGGGAUGGCCCGUAGAUGCCCAUUCAGAAGGUCAAGUCACUGACCAUCAGUCUCUCCUAUAGAGUAUCAGCAGAGUUCCUCCCAAAACCCAGUCCCACAGCAGAACUCUGAGUCGCCGUCCCCUUCCAAGUUUUCUUUCCUGAAAAGGGGUUAUGUCAUCUCAUCGGCAUUGUCUUAAAGAGGGUCUCCAACUGCCAUCCAGGAGGCUGCUCCACCUGAUAAAUUAGGAAGCACAGGUGGUUAGAAAGUGUAGGAGGACGGUGGGCUCACACAAAGAGCAAACUACUUUAUGGUCUGUUCAGGGAGCACUUUGUCUUUGAAGUGGGAGAUGCUGUAGCAUAGGGGAUACAGCUUGGACUUGGAACCAGGACUGUGUCCAGAAUCCAGCCCUGCUGUUUACUAACCAGAAGACCUCAGGCAAAUCGCGUAAUCCCUUGAGUGUCAGUUUCCUCGUUCUAAAAUGAGGAUAAUAAAACUAACCCUCGGGUUAAAAAAAGACCCUGUGUGUGAUAUACCCAGCACACGGUACUCUGUGAAUGGUAGCCGGUUUGGGUCUGCAUUCUCAUCAGCAUCAUUUAAAGAAACUUUCCUGUUUCAUUCAUUUGGCAGUCAGUUCUCUGUAGAAACAAGCCUGGUGUUUAAGAUUCUUUGAACUUCUCAUCCUGGAGUCUCUGAUAUCUGUACGUUCCUCUGAAAGUUCAAUUGUGUUUUUAUUUUGCAUCCGACUUUCACUUUUUACCUCAUAAAUCAAUCCUUGGGACUGUCAAUGCCACCUCUUAGAUUUCUUAAGAGACAUUUUAAUGUAUUAUGUGGUUUUAUAUUUUUAUUUGAAAAAAGGAAAGAAAUGAUUAUUGUUUUCCUCCUUCAAACCCAGGCUAUUUCUAGAUGGUGUUGCCCACGUGUCCACUUGUCAGGCACACUUUUCAUUCGUUGAUUCCCGUUGGCACCAUCCUGUCCCCUCCAGGAAAUAACGGGGCUGCUUCUUUCUUCACUGUGACCCUGGCAGCACGUAGGGCCCCUCACUGGGUUGAGUUCAUGAAUUAGGGGCGGGAGCUGGAAGUAGCUCAAGAUGCUGGAUUUCCUGGCUCUGUUCAAGUUAGCCUUGUUCGUUGUUCAGAAUAAACUAUUUCUUGGCCAU